CCCACUAUCAACUACUACCUAUUAAAUUAAAUAAGUCAAUUCAAGUCCCUUAAACUCCGUGCCGGUCAAACCGGGUCGAGUAUUCCGGGACGGAGGGAGUACUCUGUAUAAAACAGUGUUUAUGCUCCUCAGGUUUUUCAACUGAAAAGAAGGUUAGGGUCUACUCUUUAAAUUUCUUCUACUUGUGAAUGCUUAGUUUGUUUCUGGUUUUUUCAGUUUUUGGGUGAGUUUGUCGGCUUCCUUUGUUUCUUCUUCCUCUCUUUUCCUUGAUUAGUCUGCUUCAGACAUCGGAAUUAUUUGGGAUUUUGUUCAUAGUAUUACUGAUUGAUGCUCUUACUUUCUUCAAGGGAUUUCUUGUGUUGAGUCUUUCUUAGGAAAUUCAAUGAAUUGCAUUUCUCAAAAAUGCAAUUCUAUAAUCCUGUACGAAUGUCCGUGUUAUUCCCGACUCCGGACAUUAAAGUUUGUCUGAAGAGUUUAGAGCAUGAAAUUAAAAGAACCAUGAAUCAUGCACUCAUGACUCACGAGUCGUGACUCAUGAGUCAUAGUGUUAAAAGUGUUGCAGGAAACCUUUAUGCACAAUAAGUGACUUUUUUGUGCUGUAAGCUAGCAGACUGCUAACUAAAUAGUGUACUCCAGGCCAUGAAUAUAACAGAGUGUAUUCCUGCUAAUCUGCCCCCUUAAGAUUAGGUCGAGUCUGGUAAUCAGCUGUUUCUGAUUCUUUAAAUAGUGCAAUACUCCCUGCAGACUGUAGCAAUCCUUUCCCAAUUAGGGAUUCUGCAGCGUUGCAGCCGCCAUUACCAGACCUAAAAAUUCUUAGGUGCAUCAUGCACUGGCACAAGGGUGUUUUAAUGUCAAUUGGUAGUCUCUUUCACAUUUUCUCCUCACAUGAUAUGCACGUGUAAUAGGAAAAAUGUAAGAGGGUGCACCUUAGAUGUUUGUACCACCCGACAGACUAACGUCCUUUUCCCUUAGACAAUUGGACAUCUAUUUGAACCAAGUGAGCAUCUAACACAAAGAUGCUUUAAGAAGGUCGUUUCGAGCCGGCUGAUUAAAGAUCAGUUUAUAAUGGUAGUCAACUAGUCAUUGACUUAAUUUUUGCCACCUAUUUCAGUUGUAGUCUUUUUUUAUACAUAGUAAACUUAAUCCAGUUUUCUAGUCUAAUCCCUCCAAAAUAAAAUAUUCAAAAGUUAUGUAGACUUUUGGACCGACCAACCAACUUCUUUUCUUUGUUUAGAGAAAAGAAUACAAACAGGGCAACUUCACAACACCUUCGUUCUCCUUUUUAUCAAAUCCUUCCCAUAUAUGCCUCAAGUCAGCCUAUACUCCAUAGAUAUUCAAGCUCGAAAAUCCGAACAAAAAUGGCUAAAACUCUCUCAAAUUGUGUAACAGACAGAUUAACCUCACUCCCAGACACUCUGUUAGUGGAAAUCCUCUCACUCCUCCCAUUCAAAUCCGCGGCCGCCACCUCUGUUUUAUCUCGCCGGUGGUGCCACCUUUGGACACAACUCCCCCACCUCUUCUUGGACGGUCCAUGGCCGCGUUCCACAAACUCCGAUUACUUCCUAGAAUUUCACCAAUUUAUCACCACCGUUGACCAUAUACUCCACCAAAUCACCUCCCACCAUAUCCAAACCUUCCAUCUACACAUCCCUUUCCCGCCAACUUUGGAAAAAGAUGAAUUUGAUGUUUUCUCUGCAUAUUUCGAAUCCUGGAUUCGUCUAAUUUGCGUCAGAAAUGUGGUUAAAAUCAAGGUAAGUUGCGACUUUCCUGUCUUUAUUUCUCCUCACGUUCCUUUGCCGAGUUUUAUCUUUGAAACAGAGUCAUUAGUAGAGCUUGAAUUGGGUGGAAAUCUUCGCUGCAAAUUACCAGAAACUGGAAUUGUUAAUCUUCCUAAUUUGAAGAAAGUUGUGUUGAUCGAUCUACCCAUCAACCGUUCUGUGUUUAAAACAUUAUUUACAUCUUCCCCCCUUUUGGAAACAUUGUCUUUAGAAUUAGAUUCAGAUUCUGCCAACUUUGAGCUGUUAAACAUAUCAUCUCAGAAUCUGAAAUCCUUGAUCAUCCGAGGAAAAUCGCGACAUUUCAUGUUCAUGAUCGAUGCACCAACCCUCGAACACAUCGAGAUUCGAGGUUUUCUUGGAAUUUAUAAAUUUGUCAAGCUUCCAGCGAGACUGUUGAGUGCAGACCUCGACAUUUCGAAUUUUAGUUACAGUAGGACUGAUUAUCUGACCCAUAUACCAGAACUUGUUCAAGGGAUUUCCAGUGUUGAGUCUCUUAACCUGUUAAACGGUCUUGCUGUGUUCAACGCGCUCAAUACCUCGGAUUUAAUUGAUCUUGGAUCAGUCUUUCGUAAUCUGGUUCAUCUAAGGUUAGAUAUGACUACGAAUGAAGCGGAUUUGGGUGACCGGAACCCAAUACCUGUGUGCCUGUUAAGUAAGUUGAAGAAGAUAAUGUUACUGAAUAUAAAGGGUAAUACUAAUGAUGUGAAGUUGUUGGUUUAUAUUCUAAGUAAGGCGAUUAAUCUGGAUCGGCUUUAUGUUUCCUCUGUUUAUGAUGGUAAUGGCGGCGAUGGUAGUGAAGGAUUUCAGCUAUGGAGGGAAUAUGAGUUACCUAUGACAAUGUUAAUGGUUCCAUGGAGUUCUAAAAUCGAGUUUGAUGGUGAUUGCAUCCGUUUAUUAUCGAAUGAUAUGUCCCAAAAUGGAUUCAUUGUAAAAGUAAAUUAGUCUAAGUUUCUAAUGUUGUGAUUGGAAUUUUGAAUUGUGAAUUUGUGAAAGGUAUGAAAAUUGGAGAUAAUAGAUUGAUCUUGGGAUAUGUUUUGGAAGGGUAAGGGAUAUUUGCAUAGAAUCAUAGUUUAGGCAAAAUAGAACUUUGUGUGAAAUUAUUUCUGAAACAAACCAGUUAGUAAUGUUUUGAAGAAAAAACC